AUGGCGGAUUCCGAUUACUCCGUCGAAUCUCGAACGACGGGAAAUCGUAACGAAUCGGAGGAGGAGAAGAAGAAGCCUGGACCCGUCUCACUCCGAAUUUGGCCGCCGAGUCAGAAAACUCGUGACGCCGUCGUGAAUCGCCUGGUUGAGACUUUAAGCAAUGAAUCUAUCUUCUCUAAGAGAUACGGAACUCUUGGAUCCGAGGAAGCUUUAAUUGUCGCUAAAUCCGUCGAGGAGGAAGCUUACGGUGUCGCCGUCGUGUUGGGUGGAGAUGACGGUGAUGGGAUCGAGAUUCUUGGGGCUUAUACUAAAGAGAUUAGUAAACGUGUGCUUGAAUCCGUGAAGACUAGAACCCUAAACCCAAAUGCAGAUUCACCAGUGGAUUCAGUGAAGCUGAAGGCUUGA